AUGGACGCGCACGACAGCGUCCACGACCUCCCGCACGCCGUAUCCCAAGCCUUCAAUUUGACGAGUACGACCAUGCAGAAUCAAAUUCACGAACUGGCCAAGACUCUCCCCCCGCCGCGCAAGCAAAAUACAGCCUGCGAUGCUUGCAGGGCGCGUAAAGUGAAGUGCCAGCCGGUCUUGGGGCAAGAGAAGUGCCAGCAUUGCCUGUCUAAGAAUUACCCGUGCACACACUUCGUGCAACAAGCCACUACAGAGAAGAAGCGUAAUGCCGCUCGACGGCCCCGGACGCUGAGCACGUCUCAGAAUAACGCUACGCCGGGCUCUUCACGCGUCAGCCCCGCCGCGGACCAGUCGCUGCCCUCCUCACCCAACUAUUCCACCCCAACGUCAUUCAGGGCUCUGCAGGGCGGCAGUCCCAUCUCGUCUUCUACAUCGAUACGUGAUCUGCUUGCCUAUCUCUUCUCCCCGCCAACUUCCAGCGCUGGCCAUGGAUACAGCUCGCCUGGAAUAGCGAACGCGUAUGCCGAAUGGGGCGAACUCGCGCCAAGUCUCGCCGAAGACUCAUACCGUACCGAGUUGCGUCAGCUCAUCAUUCGAGAAGUGUUUUUCCAGAUAGUGCACUCACGCAUCCCAUUACUGAACCCUGCACAAUUCCGAGCACGCUUGCGUCUCAGCCUGCAUAUGAGCUCCCGCUCUCGCAGUCACAGUUCGCACAGCCCGCCUAGCACUUCACCUGGAAGUCCUUUCGGGUCCCGGAGUCACCAUGGACAUAACGACACUCUUCGUCCGCUUCAUCCUGCGCUCGUUGCGACGGUGAUUGCUUGGGGUGCCAAAUUCUCCGAGCACCCGGUGUUCAUGCGCGACCGGAUGAGGAAUAAUAAUCAUAGUCGUCUUGCCAAGAUGCUCGUCAACCGCGCGAGAGACCUUGCAGAAGACCUGAAAGUGCAUCGCAUUCCGAGUGCCGAACACGUAGUCAUUGCACUAUUAAUAGAAACGAUGCAGAGCCAAAGCAAAGGCAACUCCCUUGGCUAUCAUGGCUUCUGGAUAGGAUCUGCCAUUCGCAUGCUGCUGGAACUCCAGAUCAACCGCAAGUCGGUCAUGGUCAACAUCCAAGAUCCAGAAGAGCGAGGGACGAUGGUCUUUGCAUGGUGGAUGGCUUGCAUCGCUGAGGCAUAUGGAAGCGCGUACUACAGGAGAAAGCCGAUGCUAGACGACGACGAUUAUGACAUUGAUUUCUACACGGCGGGGCCGGUGCCUCCCGAAAACAUGGAAGCGCAAGAAGAGACGCCGCCCUCGCCAAGGGAACAGCUGGAGUUCCUGGUAAGCAGCAGCACGCUGUCUAUACCUCAAUAUCCCCAGCAAUCAACCGUGCGUAUGAUCCAGGGAUACUACCGCGCUGCACACGCGCUGGCACGGAUUGCCCGGAACAUGUCUCGCCAGUUGUGGCGGCCUGCGACCGAGUCGGACGGGAUCCCCGUUGACGUAUUCAAACAUUUUAUUGAGGCGCUGACCGGGUGGCGCGAGCAAUACCUCUCGAUGAUCGGGGUACCGACGAACGCGCUGCCGUCGAAUUGGGACUUUGUUAGUGCUGUCACGUCAUGCGCGAGCGACGCGACGUAUCACAUCAUGUGGAUCAUCUUGUUCAACGCCGCGGACGACUUUGGCAUCAAGGAGAUCAGGGACGUACAAGAAGCGAUGCGCGCGGGAAGCCCCGGGCAGUACCUGCCUAAUACCGACGUGAUAGAGGAGUACAAGCAGAAAGUGAUGGACAUGGCGCUGCAAUCGGCAUCGCGCAUCGCAGGACUGGCGGGUAUUUUGGCACAAAAUGGGUAUCUGAAGCUCGACUCGGCGGUGAUGCACGUCAGCAUCAUCCAGGCCGGGAUGCUCCUCGCGCGCCUCGGACGCCCCGAAGUGCAGAAUUGCAUCGACGGGCUGCAGCAGUACAGCUACGCGUACGAGGAGUGCGCCGAGCAGGCAAAUGAGAUGCAACGCCUCUACCACCAGGCCGUGAACAGGGACACGGAGCUGAAUUACAUGGCUUCCGUCGAUCCCAGGACGCCUUCGGGGAUGGGAGUCGACCAUGUGCAUGCGAUGAAUGUCGACCAGCCGUUGUUCGGGGCGGGAUAUCACAGUUGA